AUUGAGCAAUCUCGUAUGAAAACAACUACGCCUUUCAUCGUCCAUCCAUUUUCCACGUGAUUGCAAAUGUUACUUUCAACGUGUUGCGAAAGUUCUUUCCAAUCAUGUAAAACGAAUGAUUACGAUGACAGAUAUACGAUAUUCGUUUCACGUUGUACAUCAACACGUAGAAAAACGUCAGAUUUAAACAAUGUAGAGAAGACGUCAUUGGUAGACUCAGCAUUACUACCAAAAAUACAAACACCCAUAUUGGAUGAUGGGAAGAUUAAUUUAACGGCAAAUGAUAAGCAUAAUGAUCCAGAAAAUGCGAGAUCUAUUAACAAAGGUAGUGCUGUAAGACAAGUUUUAGCGGCAUUAGUAGCUCAACUAGGAACCAUCAACACCGGAAUGACCUUUGGCUUCUCGGCUAUAGCACUUCCUCAACUUCAAGAAGCUAAUAGUACAAUUCCAAUUGUUCAAGGAUCGUCGGAAGAAUCUUGGAUAGCUAGCAUGUCAUCCAUCGGUACUCCAAUUGGUUGCUUAUUAUCAGGAUACAUGAUGGAUAUGUUCGGAAGAAAACGAUCCUUGAUUAUCACAGAAAUUCCAGCAUUACUUGGUUGGAUAUUAAUUGCAGCUGCAACCAACAUUCACAUGAUCUAUGCUGGAAGAUUUUUUGUUGGGCUUGGAUCUGGUAUGGUGGGUGCACCAGCUCGAGUAUAUGCCAGCGAAGUGACUCAACCGCAUCUUAGAGGAAUGUUAACAGCAAUGUCGAGUGUUGGUGUCAGUACGGGUGUUCUAAUAGAAUACGCUCUAGGAAGUCUCCUCUCAUGGAAUCUUUGCGCAGCUAUCAGUGGAAUUCUUCCACUUGCUGCUUUAUUACUAAUGUUCAUUUUUCCCGAAACUCCGUCUUAUCUAAUUUCUCGAAAUAGACCGGAUAAAGCGAGAAAAGCUUUACAACAAUUUCGCGAUAAUAACUACAACAUAGAUCAAGAAAUGGAAGUGUUGGAAGAAUUCUCUAAUAAGAAUAAUCUCAAACGAUUAACUGGAUUACGUGAAAUUGUUUGCGCACUUCUUAAACCUAAUGCUCUUAAGCCAUAUACUUUACUCUUUAUAUAUUUCUUGAUUUACCAAUUUUCUGGUACGAACGUGAUAACAUUUUACGCGGUUGAAAUUUUUAACGAUUCCGGAACAACGAUAAAUAAGUAUUUGGCAGCGGUCAUUUUGGGAAUAGUAAGAUUAGUUUCUACAAUAGUUGCUUGCAUUGCGUGUAGACGUUGCGGUAGAAGAUCGCUUACUAUGGUGUCGUCUGUGGGUUGCGGUUUGUCUAUGAUUGGAUUAGGUGGCUAUAUGUGGUUAAAGGAAUAUUGGGAAAUAAAUCACUUACCAUUCGUGGCUACAUGGAUACCAGUUUUCUGUAUAUUUUCAUAUACGGUCACAUGUACCCUUGGAUUUUUAGUCAUUCCUUGGAUAAUGAUCGGAGAAGUAUAUCCCGUACAAGUCCGAGGUAUUAUAGGUGGCUUAACGACAAUGACCGCGCAUUCUUUUAUCUUUAUAGUUGUAAAAACGUAUCCUUUCUUUGAUAAAGCGCUCACGAGUCAUGGUACUUUUAUUUUUUAUGGUUGUAUUUCAUUAUUCGGUACAAUAUACUUUUACAUAUGUCUCCCCGAAACCAAAGGUAAAACUCUUCAAGAAAUAGAAGAUUACUUCUCUGGAAGGAGCAAUAGUUUGUAUACUGGAAAAAUACGUAACAACCCACAAGUAUUAGAAAUUAAAAAGGGCCAGGUUUUGCCUUGAUGGAGUUGAUAAAUUUCAUUUUCUAAGAAUAAUGUUUAUGUGUAAAGGUCCUGCAAUUGUUAUGUCAUAUGGUACCAAUGACUAAACUUUUACAUUUUUGUUUCUUUUUUGUUUUGUUUUUUCUUGUUUUCUUUUUUUUAACGAAUUCAGAUGAUACUACUACAAAUAGAAGUUGACUUAUUACUUAGUAUCAAGGUGCCUUAUAUUUCAACUGUGAUCCAUUUUUUUUAUUCCCACCAAUCUUUCUAGAAACUUUUUAGAAUAACUAACUUUGUCAUUUACAGCUUUUUUAAAGAAUAAUUUAAUUCAUACAUUUUAUUUCUAAUAAAUUUCAAUUUCAUACAGAUUUAUUUGAAAUCCUCAUUUGAUAUUUGAAUUGCCUUUUCAAUGGCAUCACAUAUGUUCAUCUUAUUCAUUAAUAUUCUACACAUGUAUACAUAUAUGUAAUUUAUUUUAGUUUUACUUUAUUAAUUCUCUAAAUCGUUAUUUUACAGCACUUGUAUACCUUAUUCAAGUAAAUAUGACUAUUUUAUUAUUUAACCUUUUGCAAAAUUUUCAUACACAAAUUAAAAUGAUUUAACAAAUAUGAUAUAUAAAAAAACCUGUGUCCAAUAUUAUUUAUUAUUAUAGACAAUUGAUAUAACAUUGAUAAAAAAAAUGAAUAAAAAAUAAUGAUUGCUUUCAAAAAAUUACAAGGGGCAAUUGCAGCAUUCAAAAGACUUAAACAAAUCUAGCCACAAUGAUUCUUAUGUAUUUUAGAUAGGAUAAUAAAUUUUUUAGAUUUAUAUGUUAUACAUACUCAUUGAUAAGAACAGAUGCAGAUAUACUUAUUAAAAUCAAUAUCACAAACUUUAUCUGUAUAGUUAAAUACAAAAUAAUUAUGCUAUAAAUAUUUUUUAAUAUAAUAAAUGCAAUAUUUGAACAUUUUUGUAAAUGCGUACAAUAAAAUUACUCAGGCAUGAUCUAUUAAAAAAAAAGAAAGAAAAAAUAUAAUAAUAAUAAUAAUAAUAAUGCCUUUGAAAGUACAUUUACCAUUAUUUCUAAUAAACAUAUUCCUAUGUACAUUACCGGUAUGUGUACAAUUAAACAAAAGGUGCUAUUUAUUGUAUAUGAUAUAGUAUUAUUUUAUAUUAUAGUGCUUGUAUAUAAAUGACUAACGACCAUGGAAUGAAAAUAUUUCUUAAAUAGUAAAAAAACUUAAUAUAUGGAUGUGUAGAUCUUUUAAAUCAUAGCAGAUUUGGAAAAAUUUCUUUUUUUAGCUGUGGUUAAUUAGUUCUAAAUAUGAAUAAGAAAAUCUUUGAUAUUUAUCAUUUAUUAUAACGUUUAAUUUGUCAUCUUUGUACAUAAAAUGAUAUAUUUAAUUCUAUUUUACAUGUAGUUUGUACAAAAUAGUCCUCAAGAAAAAAUACAAUGAGUGACUUAUUUUUUUUACAAAAGAAAAAAUAUAAAGAUUUAUCUA